GGCCCACCACAGCCGGGUCAGCCGUUCAAGUUUACUAUUGGCGAAUCAUGUGACCGGAUCAAGGAAGAGUUCAAUUUCCUGCAAGCUCAGUACCACACCCUGAAAAUGGAAUGCGAAAAAUUGGCCAGCGAGAAAAUCGAAAUACAAAGGCAUUACGUAAUGUACUACGAGAUGUCCUACGGCCUCAACGUGGAAAUGCACAAACAGACGGAAAUUGCGAAGCGUUUGAACGCCAUCAUCGCACAAAUAAUGCCUUUUCUCUCGCAAGAGCACCAACAGCAAGUAGCCACGGCUGUAGAAAGAGCGAAACAAGUGACCAUGACCGAACUCAACGCCAUCAUAGGGCAACAACGUCCAGAUCUGCGCAGGUUAUUGCAACAAAUGCACGCGCAGCAGCUACCGCACGCCGGUCAUGCGCCGCCCAUACCAAUGAUGCCUCAUCCCGGACUUCCGGGACCACCGGUAACCGCGUCCGCCAGCCUGCUGGGCUUGGCCGGUGCCGCCGGUUCCGCGUCUCAUCCGUUGUCCAUGCUGGGCGCCAAACCGACUGAUAUGCACAGGGGUGCCGAUUCUGACAAGCCUUCGUCCGCCAUCGGAUUAAGUUCAGCUGAAGAAAGACACAGGAGUUCUAUAUCACCUGCGGAAAGGGAGAAAUUUCGCGUCAGGAGCUCACCGGAUAUUGAACCGCACAAAAAAGUGAAAAAAGAAGAAAAAGAUUGUCACGCGAGCGAUGGUGAAAAAAGCGAUCAAGACUUGGUAGUCGACGAUGCCAGUGAGGACCCCGUCUCGCCGCUUAAUGGUACAGCCUCGCCCAGAGAAAACGGAAUUGACAAGUUACAACCCAAAAAGGAACACAUUGGACCACACAGCCCGCGGAGCGGGACUUCGUCCAAUGCCAGCACUCCGUCCACCAAGAAGAUGGAAGAUAAACCCAGCACGCCGAUAUCCAAGUCGAUCACACCGACGAGCGGCGGAAGUGGUUGUAGUGGAGCUGCCGGCUCUUCAAUGAAACCCAUGGGAGUCAAAGGACCUUCGCUAGCCCAAUAUCCACAUUAUCUGGCCGGGGGUGCAAAUCCGCACGAUCUUCAAGCGGCCGCGGCUGCUGCAGGCGCUUACGGUGCCCUUCACAACAAUUUGCCUCCAUCGGCUGCGUUAAACAGUUACCCCAGGCCGGCGUUGGUCGGUUACGAUCCUCACGCACAAAUGAGAGCACCCCUCGGACCUGGGCUGGGAAUUCCCGGCGGAAAACCAGCGUAUUCGUUUCACGUGAGCGCCGAAGGCCAAAUGCAACCUGUGCCCUUUCCACCUGACGCACUGAUGGGUCCCGGCAUCCCGAGACACGCCCGUCAAAUCAACACUCUCGGGCACGGCGAAGUCGUGUGUGCCGUGACCAUCAGCAACCCCACCAAGUACGUUUACACCGGCGGCAAGGGCUGCGUAAAGGUAUGGGACAUCAGUCAACCCGGGUCCAAGUCGCCCGUAUCUCAACUAGACUGUUUGCAACGUGAUAACUAUAUAAGAUCUGUAAAACUAUUGCCAGACGGCCGAACGCUCAUCGUUGGUGGAGAAGCCAGUAAUUUGAGCAUAUGGGAUCUGGCCUCACCCACGCCGAGAAUAAAAGCCGAGCUUACGUCCAGCGCCCCAGCGUGCUACGCACUGGCCAUCAGUCCGGAUUCUAAGGUGUGCUUCAGCUGUUGUUCAGACGGCAACAUAGCCGUGUGGGAUUUACAUAACCAGACGUUGGUUAGACAGUUCCAAGGGCACACGGACGGAGCGUCGUGCAUAGACAUCUCUUCAGACGGUUCAAAACUAUGGACCGGUGGUCUGGACAACACCGUCCGCUCUUGGGACCUGAGAGAAGGCCGGCAGCUACAGCAACACGAUUUCUCAUCACAGAUAUUCUCUCUGGGUUAUUGUCCGACCGGCGAAUGGUUGGCCGUUGGCAUGGAGAACUCCAACGUCGAAGUGUUGCACGCCCUCAAACCAGACAAGUACCAACUGCAUCUGCACGAGUCGUGUGUGCUGUCCUUGCGCUUUGCGACGUGCGGUAAAUGGUUUGUGUCGACAGGCAAAGACAAUUUGCUAAAUGCGUGGCGCACACCGUAUGGCGCUUCCAUAUUCCAAUCUAAAGAAUCUUCUUCAGUGUUGAGCUGUGACAUAUCGGCCGACGAUAAAUAUAUCGUAACUGGUUCCGGAGAUAAGAAAGCAACUGUUUACGAAGUUAUAUACUAGUAAAUAAUGCAAAAUGAGAAUUUCAUCGUUUCGGUGUUCAUUAGGUGUAGUAGAAAAACUCCAGGUGUUUAUCUAGCGUUUAUUGAACAUUUUUUGUGAUAAUUAUUUCCAAUCUAAUAUUAUGACUAUUGUGACUUAGUCUAUAAACAUUAAUUUACACGUAGCAUAUUAUAUAUAAAUAUAAAACAAAACAGAAUCUAUUGAUUAAAAUUUUUUACUUUCAAAAUGUAUGUAUUUAUAAACAUUAUUAAUUAAUAAUUGAGAUCAAUUGUUUAAUAUAUAUGACACCUGUUUUAAAGCUGAUACUCAUGGUAAUUUAUGCUUUAAUCAAAGUUUCAUUGUUUUUCAUAAAUUGAUACUUUGAUUUUUAAAACAAUUACUGUGAAUACCAGCAUUGUUGACAGUUUUCGGACUUAAAACUAUUUUGUAAAUAAUAUAACAUAAUAAAAUACUAUUAUUAUGAUGUCCCCGUGUAAGUUCCCACAAUAAAGAUCUUUCGAAUACAUAAAUAUUUUUUAUCAUUAUUAUUAUUAUUAUUAUUAUUAUUAUUAUUAUUAUUAUUAUUACAUUUUAAGUAUUGUAUUUACUUUAUUAUUUUCUUAAGUGUUAACUUUGUUCUUUUCUAUUUUGUACAAAAUAGUAGUUAGAAAAAUUACUUUAUAAGUUUUUGUUAAUUUUUUUUUUCACUAGGAUCUAAUAGGUAAAUCAAUAUGACGUGGUAUCCUUAGAUAUCUUUUGUACCUAAAUAGAUAGAGAACCCUUUGAAAAAAAAAUUAAAAUUUUAUUGUUAUUUAAUAAUUAUUUAUGUUUAUUUAAAUUAAUACAUUUCCCCCGAUAUUUUAUAAUAUUGUGCUAUGUAGUACCGAGUAUUUUGUUUAAUAAUUUUUAAUGUAUAGUGUUCAAUAUAGAAUUCUGUACAAUUCAUUAUUUAUACAGAAAAUCAGAAAAUAAAAGAACCAAUUUAUUAUUA